GGCAAGAAUGAAAAUUUUACAUAUGAAACUUCUACAGUGGAGACUGCAGUUUGAUCUCGACAGUUCGUAUGCUACUUUAUCAAUCACUAAAGACGAAUGCCGAAAGGUUUGUUUGGACGAUUGUAAUUGUGAGGCUGCAAUGUUUGAAUAUGGAAAGUGCAUGAAACUUACGCUUCCAAUGAAGUAUGGGAGAGAAAGUGAAUCGGCCUCAUCAAUCAUUUUCAUCAAGGUUGGUCAUGAAAGUCCCGUGGAUGCUAUCACCGAUUCCUUUCCAAAUGUAACAAGGAUGGUACCUGGUGAAAACAAGAAAGAGCCACGUGUAAAGAUUUUAAUCGCAGGUAUAGUUCUUGCCACGUGUUUAGUUGCCAGCAUUUCUUUUUCCUGUUUUCUUAUUUACAGGAAUCGAGCACAAAGCUAUAAAAAGAUGACAGAUGAUAACAAUUUGAGCUUGUCUGAGGAGAUUCUUCUUCGAUCAUUUUCUUACAAUGAGCUCGUGAAAGCAACUGACAAUUUCAAGGAAGAGUUGGGAAAGGAUUCUUUUGGAACAGUUUAUAAAGGCUCCUUAUACAAUAGCAACAGAACGGUAGCUGUUAAGCGACUCGAGAAAAUGGUUGAAGAAGGAGAAAGGGAGGUCCGUGCUGAAACCAGGGCAAUAGGGAGAACUCAUCACAGGAACUUGGUACGAUUGCUCAGCUUUUGUGAUGAGGGUUCUUCCAGGCUUCUGGUUUACGAAUACAUGAGCAACGGAUCUCUUGCAAACCUUCUAUUCAAGGCCCAAAGCAGACAUGAUUGGAAAGAAAGAGUGAGAAUUGCACUAGAUGUCGCCAGAUGGAUAUUCUAUCUACAUGAAGAAUGCGAGCCCCAUAUCAUCCACUGUGAUAUAAAACCUCAAAACAUAGUCAUGGAUGGCUUUUGGACUGCAAAGAUAUCUGAUUUCGGGUUGGCAAAGCUGGUUAUGCCAGAUCAAACAAGAACAUUUACUGGGGUGAGAGGGACGAGAGGGUACUUGGCACCUGAAUGGCAGAAGAACACACCUAUAUCAGUGAAGGCAGAUGUUUAUAGCUACCGGAUCGUGUUAUUGGAAAUUAUAUGUUGCAGGAGGUAUAUUGAGUUAGAGGUUCCAGAUAAUGAGAUUGUUCUCUCUGAAUGGGUUUAUAGCUGCUUUGUGGGUGGAGAGUUGCGUAAGCUUCUGGGCGGAGAAGAAGUGGAAGGGAAGAUUUUGGAUAGGAUGGUAAAGGUGGGGUUGUGGUGUAUUCAAGAUGAACCGGCACUUCGUCCUUCCAUGAAGAAUGUGAUUUUGAUGAUGGAAGGGAACAUGGAUAUGCCCAUUCCCCCAUCUCCCACGUCAUCCAUGAACAUUUCUUUCUGAAUCCUGAUGCUUCCUUUAUAUGCGUUGGUGUUUUUACUUAAAAGGUGUUGUCUUUCAUGAAAAUCAAUGUAAUUUUUAAUUACUUGUGGUAUCAAUCUUGUUUCUCAAGGGAUUUUCUUUAUC